UCCUUUUCUUUCACCAAACCAAAAACUCCCCAUGUCUUCAGUUUAUCUAUGAAGUUUCCCGAGUCAUAAUUUGUUCCUUCCAGUCGCACCAUACCAAUACAUUGAUACCCAACACUUUGCCUUGCUUGCUAGUAUUUUUGACCUGUGAGUGCCAUUCGUUUGUAGGGCAAGACAACAGUUUUCAACCAUAGAGUCCUAAGAAUAGGAAAUAAAAGCUAAGGCAUGUCCUGUAUUGCUAGCGGUGGUUGUUAGUUUAGUAUCCUGAAAACAGAAGAGAUCCUCUGUUUCUUUGUGGUAUAGAAUUAUCUGUUGAGGUAUUGGAAGGUUUGAUUUUUGUUAACAACCCUCCCACCAUCCAUUCCUUUUUUCUUGAAAAAUGGGUUGUGUCUCAUUUAUGGCAUGCACAAAAUUGCUGCAUUCAUUCCAAUGUAUGUCCUGAUGUACAUUUGUUAGAAUAAUGGCUUCUUCCCAAAUUGAGAUUGCUUCGUCUUCACCGUUUGGUUGUGUUCUAAGAGAUCACAACCGGCAUGAAAGAUGUAGUAGGGAGAGCACUGCCAGGGCAGCAGCUGCUGCUGCUUUUCAAAAGAAUCUCAAAGGAUUGGUUGGAGAAAAUCUCCGUACUUGCAUCUCUGUGACUUCUGAUUCUGCUUCUAAUGAGAAUCCAACAAAUCGUGUUAAUAGCAAAACUGAUGAUCAUCAUCAAAACUUGCGGCGCUUGACCGAUAACCAAGAUAACAUUCCCAAGAAUGCACAUGAUUCUUCGAUUAGGAGCGGCAAGCAAGCGAGGAUUCUUGACCAAUGGGCCGCUAUGCAGGCUCGAGAAAUGGUGUCGACAAUUGAGAUGCAGAGGGAGAAGGCUGGGUUGUUGAUUGCAUCUUUGAAGAAACCAUCUUCAAUGCAGCAGAACUCUCAAGACUCUGAAAAUCCUGCAGGUCAAUCCAAUAACCCCCGCAUGAAUAAGAAUCGCGGGGCCUCUUCUCUUGUUCAGAUAUGGGAGGCAAGGCUAAAUCAAUCGGAGGCGUGUCUGAAAAGGUCCCAUAGCAUGAAUAAUAGCAGGACCGGUUCUGUAUCUAGCCAGACUGAAACUGCAUCGCCCAAUACCGAGGAGAAAUCAAGGCAAUCUGAUAUAGCUGACUCUAAUACGAAGAAGGAGGCUUUUGUGGAUUGUGGCUCGGCAAAGAGUGCACCUUCAUCCAUACAUUUCAGGAACACAGAUGCAGGAGAGCCCGAGAAAGUUAAAAUUGUUGACAUCAUUAGGAGACUGACAUCUGAUAGCAAUGAUGAUGAUCAGCCGUUGAACGGUGCUGGUGAUGGCCUAUCUAGAGAGAAUAGGCAUUCUUCAGUUUCUGAUCGGACAGAGCAGAAAGUCUUGUCACAGGUUGUAAAUUCACCAAAGAUAAGAGGGCGACAAGCCUUUAAUGAUUUACUUUUGCAAAUGGAACAAGAAAGGCAUAGGGAGCUCGGCUCGUUAGGGGAGCGCCACGCUGUUUCAAAAUUCGCUCAACGCGGCCGCAUUCAGUGCUUGCUUCGCCUGAGAUUCCUGCAUCGUGGUGUGGGGUUUGAAGAUCAACAGCGGCCGCGAUCAUCUCAAUCAACAGCCUCGUCCAGUAGUGAUCGAUCACAACAUGGGUCUACCAUCAUGCAUCUCAGGGAGAGAUUCAGUGCAGGCAUUGAGAAUUCCAUACAGAAUCAGCCAACUGCUGAUGGUCAUCAUCAAGAAAAUUCUACUAGUGCUGAGCAGCAGAGUGAACCUCAAGUUAAGAUCUCAACAUCAAACACGUGUGAAGUCCAAGAAAAAGUUAAUGAAAAAACUUGUGCAAGUUCGGAUGUCACAUGGCAAGGAAUAAGCCUGCAGGUUGGAAAUUUUGAUCCUCCAGAAACUUCCAAAACAACAUCACCCUUGAAUGGUGACUGGGAAGAUAAUGAGAUAGAAGAGGAGGGGUAUUUUGAACAAACCAAUUCUGACUGGUUUAGUGAUAUAGCUCGCCCACGAAGUUACUGGGAAGAUCAAAGAAAAGCACGUUAUGAAGAGAAGCGUAGUGGUAGCUCAGACAAUGAUGAGAUAAGGCAACUCCUUGAAAGAAGAACAGUAUCAAGUUUUCUUGCAAGCGAUUUGCGAGACAGAAUAGACCAACUGAUGAUGUCUCGUGUACAAAGACAAGUCAGUCAAGAAGAUGAAGAACUAGAUGAGGACAGUCAGGAGAGAAUGGGACAGUUGAUGUUGUCUUACUUCCAAAGGCACUCACACUCAGCAGACAGUAGUGAAGAAGAAGAAUUGGAUGGAGGAAGUGGAGGAGGAGAAACGGCAGGAGAAGAAAGCAUAUCAGAAGAAGGAAGUCCAACUAGCCAUCAAAAUAUCGAAGCUACUGAUUAUUUUGAUCAAUCCUCAUCAUCUCAGCAUUCUAAAUAUCCGUUCAGGUCAUGGAAUUUUUCUGAUGAACAAGUUGCUGAUGCUUGCCAACAGGCUCAAACAAAAGCUUUACACCUAACUCCUCCAUCUCAAGUUUCCAAUCAAGAUAGGCGUUACUCUUCCUCCUUAAGUCAUUCAUCAAUUGAAAUGGAACUCCUGUACGAUUUAAAAGGGCACAUGGAGCAACUUCAGCGUGAAAUGUCUGAACUCCGAAAAUCAAUUCAGAGCUGCAUGGAAAUGCAAAUGAAUUCGCAAAACUACUUGAAGGUGCAGGAAGUACAUCCAGUUCAAGGGAAUGGAAAGAAUUCAUUUGAUAGGAGACUAAACAAACGCAGCUGCUGUAUCUGCUACGAAACGCAGGUCGACUCUUUUCUGUAUAGAUGCGGGCAUAUGUGCACCUGUCUCAAAUGUGCGCACGAGCUGCUGCAGAGUAGUGGAAAAUGUCCAAUAUGUCGAGCUCCAAUAUUGGAUGUCGUGCGAGCAUACCUGGAUUCAUGAUGCACUGGUGAACGAGUUCUUGCUCUAGAGGACCGUCUUUUUUGUAUAACUUAACUCAAUUGAUGCUGACUUCAGAAACCGGAAAAUCCUUUUACUUUGCUUCUUUUACCUGAUUUGAUCAAUAUAACCAUCUAAUCUAUGUAGCUGCAAUUAAUUUGUGAUCAAUACUGUUUCUCCUUUCCAAAUUUACUCUGUAAAUGUUUUUUUUUUGUUUGUUGUUUUUGAGGAGUAACAGAUUUUAACAGUCUCGGGAGAUUGUUGUUGUCUAA